CUAAUUCAUGUUCUUGCGCACAAAUUAUCAAUAUGAAAGUAUUCCUGUUGUUCAUUUUCCUCUCUGCUAUCUGGCUCCAAGCAUUUUCUAUGAAACCUUAUGAAAAAGUAAAAGCCUGCUUGAAACGGCAGCUGGGGUAUAAUACAAUUACAGCAAAUAACAAAUUAGAUGAUAAAGAAGACUCUCUUCAAAGCAAGUGUUUUUAUCACUGCUUACUGGAAGUGAAAGGUGUUAUUGCAAAUGAUGCGAUCAGUUCCGAGCAACCGAGGAAAGAACUUGUAAAAAAGUAUGGUAUUACUGACACAGAUGAAUUGGAAAAAGCUGAAGAAAAGUGCCAUUCCGCCGUCAAGGCUACCGGAAAAUGUGAAUUGGGGUACAAAAUCUUUAAAUGCUACCAGUCCAUUACCAAGCAUUAGACUACUAAACAAUUAAUUUGCAUGACACUUUUUAACAUUAAUUUUUGAGAAACUUCACACGCGUACAUAAUAAAGUGUAAAACGAAAAACUAAAGAAUAUAAUUUCUGGA